CUAAGUUACCGUAACUGGUGACGACCUGGCUGAUGUGGCCUGCUGCAAGUAGAAACUUGGUGCGCAGGAUUUUAACGCGAAAUAUGGCUUGGAAAUCACAAGGAAAAAGCAACGAAGACCUCAUUAACCAACUAAAGGCUAAUGGAGUCAUCAAAAGUGAAAAGGUUGAAAGAGUCCUUAAAAUGGUCGAUAGAAAAAACUACACUAAACUAAACCCGUUUAUGGAUUCUCCUCAACCAAUAGGUUAUCAAGCUACUAUCAGUGCUCCACAUAUGCAUUGCUAUGCCCUUCAAAUCCUUGAAGACCACCUUAAAGAAGGAGCGAYUGUUCUAGAUGUAGGGAGUGGUAGUGGCUACCUUACAGCUGCCAUGGCAUACAUGGUUGGUCCCACUGGUAAGGUGUAUGGAAUAGAUCACAUAGAUCAGUUAGUGACAGAAGCAACUGCAAACAUCAAAAAGGGAAAUCCAGAAUUGCUAACAGAGAAUAGAGUAGAGAUACUAAAGGCUGAUGGUCGGCAAGGUUAUGAAGCAGGUGCCCCUUAUGAUGCUAUACAUGUUGGAGCUGCUGCUCCUAAGCUACCACAAGCUCUAGUAGACCAGCUCAAACCAGGAGGGAGACUCAUAAUUCCUGUAGGACCAGAGGGAAGAAACCAAACCCUUGAGCAGCAUGAUAAACUGCCAGAUGGCAAGGUUGUACAGAAGAAGCUAAUGGGUGUGAUAUAUGUGCCAUUAUGUGCUAAAAGUGAACAGUGGCCAGGAAUUUUUAGAACCUGAUGCUUUAUGCUGUCUUGUCUUUUCCAACAAAACUGUGGCAUCCUAAUGAAAGGUUUAUUUCAUGGUAGAUUUCUGGAGCAAGCUUUAAAGUCAAACAACAGCAAAAUACAUGUAUAUAGAUUUAUUGAGUAAUACAUUAUGUUGAACUAUCAAUGUUUUAGAAUAGUUCUUAAGUGUUGCAUAUAUAAUGGUAUAACCAUUAUAUGUAUGCUUCACAGUUAAAAAGUCAUUGAUAUUUCCACACACUGAUUGAUGUUGAAUAGUUUAUGCUGUGGUAGAAUCAUGGAUAUAAAGAUUUUUAAAAGUAUUGCACAUAUAAUGGUAUAACCAUUAUUUGUAUGCUUCACAGUAAAAAAGUCCAUAAAGUAUUUCCACACACUGAUUGAUAAUGAAUAGUUUACUCUGUGAUAGAAACAUGGAUAUAUAAAAGAGUUUUAAAAGUGUUGCAAAUAUAAUGGUAUAACCAUUAUUUGUAUGCUUCACAGUACAAAAGUCCAUAAAGUAUUUCCACACACUGAUUGAUAAUGAAUAGUUUACUCUGUGAUAGAAACAUGGAUAUAUAAAAGAGUUUUUAAAGUGUUGCAAAUAUAAUGGUGUAACUAUUAUUUGUAUGCUUCACAGUAAAAAAGUUAUUAAAGUAUUUCCACACACUUAUU